AUGAGGUGUGUCGCGUCGCUCGCAUCAAACCUGGUCUCCAUGGUGAUAUACCAGAGACCAGGAGCCGGGUCGACUGGAUGGGAGGAACUGGCCAUAAUUGGAAAACAGAAGCGGGGGGAGUUGCUGAGGGAAUUGCCGAAAAAACAAAGCGGAGGACCACUGGACAAAACGACGGUGCACCAGAAAAUGCUAAAAGGCGAGAAAGGAAUGUUAGAGACUGAUUUUCAUAAGAGAGGUGAAAUUAAGGGGAAUGAACCUUUAUUUGAGUUAUCCGAUUCAGAUAAUAGGUUGUUGCCAAAUGAGUCAUCUAAAGCUCAAGUGGAUGAGUUGUUGUUUGAUUCUAGUGGGAGAGAUCCUGAUUAUAAUGAUUCAUCUGAUCCCAGUAGGAGCAACCCUAAUGGAAACAAUUCUGAUCAUAAUGAUUCUUAUGAUUUGAGUAGGAGUAAUCUUGAUCAUAAUGAUUCAUCUGAUCUGAGUAGGAGAAACCCUAAUAGGAACAAUCCUGAUCAUGAUGAUUCUUAUGAUUUGAGUAGGAGUAAUCCUGAUCAUAUUAAUUCAUCUAAUCCUCAACUUUGGAAGAGUAAUAGGAAAGGUAUGCCUAAACAUCAUUAUGAGAUUGAAGGGCAUACUUAUAUCAUAUCUUCAAUUGAUGAAGAAAAGCCUAAAAACAUAGACGAAGCUCUAUCUUGUCCUUUGAGGGACAAAUGGAUAAAUGUAAUGGAAGAAGAAAUUGAUUCAAUGAAAUCAAACAAUGUUUGGAAACUAGUUGAAAUUUCUCAUGGUCAUAAAGCUAUUCGAAACAAAUGGGUUCUCAAUAUUAAGCGAAAGGCUGAUGGAACAAUAGAGAGGUAUAAGGCUCGACUAGUGGCAAAGGGUUAUAAUCAAUAA